GUGCAAGCGAGGCUUAAUUGGUAGUAGGCUGCUCUUGUUGCGCCGGCAGCGGCAGGCGGCAGCGCAAAACAUUAAACCAUCAUUUGCGGCGGCGGCUGCUGCCGGCGACGCGAUGUCCAAGCAAAAGUCCGUGAUCAGGCUGGGCGUACCGAACGACAAGAACCGGUCUAAGGCCAUGCAGAUGGCAUCCAAGUUCGUGGGAGUGAACUCGGUGGGGAUCGCCGGCGACGCCAAGGACCGGCUGGAGGUGGUGGGGGAGAGCGUCGACAUCACCUGCAUGAUCAACCUGCUGCGCAAGAAGGUCUGCCGCGCCGACAUCGUCGUGGUGGAGGAGGUCAAGGACAAGAAGAAGGAGGAGGAGGAGAAGAAGAAGAAGGAGGAGGAAGAGAAAAAGAAGAAGGCGGAGGAGGAAGCCAAGAAGAAGAAGGAGGAGGAAGAGCUCAAGAAGAAGCUCUGUCCGUACCUGUACCCGCCGCCGCCGUGCUCCGGUGCCUGUUGCCGCGGGCCGUCGCCGCCGAUGUUUCUGUGCGAGCCGGAACAGCCAGCGGGAUGCCACAUCAUGUGACGAUGAAGUGAAGCUCCGUGAAUAAUCGUCCCGUCCGAACUUGUGCACAUGCGUGGUUGUGGUUUUGCUUUGGCAUCUGAAUUACAAUCCUAAGUGAUCAUGGAAUUUAGAUCACUACUUAUAUAUAAAGUAUUGUUUUGUGAGUU